AUGUAUGUUCCUUAUCCUCGUUGGCUUGGACUGAUUAUGUCCUAUGAUGAAGAAGUUUAUAACAUUAAUCAUGGAGACAUUAUUCCAAUCUCAUCCCUCUCCUCAAACAUCACCAAUGUUGCUCCUUCUAAUGAACCUGAUGAUGAAGAAGAUGCUGAAGACGAAGAAUAUGAACUUGCUACUGAUAAAGAUACUCCUCCAAAUUAUCUAGGUGAUAAUCCUCUACCUCCAUCAUCAAAUCCAUUUUCACCUCAUUCUCCACCAUAUCACCCCCCUCCUCACACUACUUCACUACCUCCUGGAUCCCCUCCCCAAACUGAUGAUGCCAAAAAGGGGGAGAAGAGUCAAGGGAGAAAUGACCAGGAAAUGGUGACUGCAAAAACUUCAUCUCUGACUGAAAUGUCUGAAUGA